GAGGGGAGAGGUCAGAGGAUCUUAAUUUUCAGUAACCAGCUCUAAUCUUAUAUUUUUCUUCCAUCCAAUUACAGUUUAGAAAAGAGAAAUAGGGUGUUAGUUUGAAAGAGUAAGCAAGAUGAUGCUCCUCCUAAAGGAAUGCAUUUUAUAAUUUAAAAGGUAACCAAAUUGAAUUCAAAGGUGGGUUUUUGAUUUGCUAUCUAGGUUUGGAAUUUCAUUCAUCAAUCUAUGUUCUUAAUGGGGUCUUUUGCAUUUCUUUCUUCUUCAAGAAUUGCAAAUUUUAAUUGAGGGGACUUGAUGGUUUUUUCUCUUGGUUUUGCAAAUUGUAAUCUUUUAAGCUUUUCUUUGCAGAUAUACAGAAUGGCUGGAUCAGAUGAGAGGGGUGAUUGAACCUGUAGAAGCUCAAGAACGUAUGGAAGGAAAUCCUGUAGCUGGCACUGUCAAAAAUGUUUUUAUUGUUCUUUCCGUUCUUCCAGUUCCAAUUACCAGUACUUUCCCGAAGAUUUUCAAUUAUAAGUUUUUGGUAGUGUUUGCUUACUCCAUCUCUCUUAGCUUGAAGAUGGCACUCUUCAUCUUCAUCGUCAUCCUUUCUAUGUUGAGUUGGAAUGCGUUUUUGAGAUUGCCAUGUGUAUGGGGAAUUGAUGGUGAGCUGUGUGAUGUGGAACCUAAUUCUGGAGAAAGUGAUGGUGCAUGAAGCAGAACAAAGUUCCCAAUGAGUAGAUAUUGGUGCUAAAAGGGAAGAAAGUGAGGUAAAAGAUUUGACAGUGAUGAAAAAGAAAGAUAUGGUUGGGAGUAGUGACAAGCAGGAGACAAGAAGUAAUCAAAAGUGGAUUAAAGAGGUUUGAGAAGAACCUCUUUAAUGAAGAUAAGGAGGUUGAUCAAGCUAAAAGUCCGAGGUAAUGGCUAGCCAAAAUGGCCUCAAGUAUAGUUUAAUUGUUCCAAGCUUACAUUUGGUUGAAAUACAUAAGAUCUUUAGCAAAGAAAUAUUGGAAUAGUUA